AUGGAAAAAAAGGAAGAUAAUGUUAUGAGGGAGAUUAAGGUCAACAAGUUGGUCCUAAACAUUUGUGUGGGAGAGUCAGGAGACAGGCUGACCAGAGCGGCCAGGGUGCUGGAGCAACUGACGGAGCAAAAACCCAUUUUCGGCAAAUGCAGGUUCACCAUCAGAUCCUUUGGUGUGAGAAGAAAUGAAAAAAUUUCUUGCUUCGUAACUGUGAGAGGAAAGAAGGCGUUGGAGAUACUGGAAAAGGGACUCAAGGUGAAGGAGUAUGAAUUGAGGAGAAAAAAUUUUUCUGAAACAGGAAAUUUUGGCUUUGGUAUUCAAGAGCAUAUUGACUUAGGAAUUAAGUAUGACCCGUCUACUGGUAUUUAUGGUAUGGACUUCUACGUCCAUUUGUCUAGGCCAGGUUACAGAGUUACUAGAAGAAGGAGAAAGCGAUCGACCAUCUCCAAGACCCACAAGGUCACCAAGGAUGAAGCGAUGAAAUGGUUUCAAACUAAAUUUGACGGUAUUUUACUCAAGUGA